CAUCCACACCAGACUUGUUCCCCAAUUUUGUGGGUUUUGUGGACCUUGAAACGAAAAUCAUUGGUUCGAGACGAAAGGAUCUUGACUUGGUCUGACCUGACUUACCUCCUGGUACCUAGUACAUAGUAGAACCAGACCAGCCAGGCCUGACUACGAAGUACCAUCCACACCUCAUUCUUUUGUUCCGUAUUUUGCUUGCGUGUUCGCCAUUACUUUUUUUACCCUUCCUCCUACCUCUGUCCCAAUCCAGAACAAGAACAUCUUUUUUUCUCAUCCUAUUUUUUUGUCCGUUUGUAUCAUCAUCCCUCUCGUGCCUCAUCACCCGACACUCACUCAUUAUCGUUCACCGACACAUUCGUUAAUUUGAUUUCGGUGUUUAUGUGAAUUUUCCCAAGACGAUUUCUAGAUAUAUUUCUCGCGUCUUGUUGUCACAGAUAUCUUUCGCUUCCAAUUCUAUCGCAACUUCUUCCAACAACACAUUGUUCCGACCGUCAUAAUGUGGUCGACUUCGGCUUUGCCGUCCCUCGCCUUGGGACUGGCUUCAUUGUCCGGCGCGCUCGCAGCAAGCUACGAUGAUAUCCCGGAGAUCAAGGCUGUCGGCCAGCACUUUUUCUACUCCAACAACGGAUCUCAAUUCUACAUCAAGGGAGUUGCUUACCAAGAGAACUACAACCCCAAUGGCACAUCUACCAGCAACACUCAGUACACCGAUCCUCUAUCGGAUGCUUCCAAGUGCUCGCGAGAUAUUCCUUACAUGAAGCAGAUCUUCACUAACGUCAUUCGUGUCUACGCCAUCGACCCUACCCAGAACCACGAUGAUUGUAUGGAGCAGUUGGCUUCUAACGACAUCUACGUCUUCGCCGAUCUCAGCGAACCCGGUACUUCAAUUGACAGCAACGAUCCCGAGUGGAAUGUUGGACUCUACACUCGUUACACUGCCGUUGUUGACGCCCUUAGCAAGUACAACAACGUCAUUGGCUUCUUUGCUGGCAAUGAAGUCGUGAGCGCUCAGAACCAGACUGCCGCCGCCGCUUUCGUCAAGGCUGCUGUUCGUGAUACCAAGAGCUACAUUAAGAGCAUGAAAUAUCGUGAUACCCUAGGUGUAGGUUACGCCACCGCUGAUGUUCCCAGCCGAGACGAGCUUGCCCACUACUUCGCCUGUGAGCCUGUCGAAGGCAGCACUACCACCAUUGAUUUCUGGGGAUACAACGUCUACUCGUGGUGCGGUGAUAGCGACUACGUAACCUCGUCUUACGGCGAACGUGUCACAUUCUUCGAGGAUUACCCCGUUCCCGCCUUUUUCGCCGAGUAUGGUUGCAUCGAAGGUAUUGACGGUGGCGCUACCCACAGACCGUUCACUGAAGUUGCUGUCCUCUACGGUAACAUGACCUCUGUCUUCUCUGGCGGUAUCGUAUACGAGUACUUCUACUCCGAGAACAUGUACGGUCUGGUUCAGGUUGACGGCAGUAGCGUUUCUCCUUACCCCGAUUUCACCUCGCUCUCAUCGCAGUUGGCCAAGGUUACUCCAUCCAUCACCCAAUCGAGCGCCUACAAGCCCUCCAACAGCGCUCCGGCCUGCCCUACCAUUGGUGGUACUACCUGGGCUGCCAAGGCUUCGCCUCUGCCUCCCGUAGUGAACCCUGAACUCUGCUCGUGCGAGGUUUCCGCUCUAUCGUGCACUGUUGACUCUGACGAUGAGGACUCGUACGGUAGCGUUUUCAACUACAUCUGCGGUGCCAACGAAGACUUCUGCGAAGGAAUCGCGCACAACGCCACUAGUGGUACCUACGGUGCUCUUGGAGGAUGCUCUCCCAAGCAGCAGCUCGCCUGGGUUGCUAACCAGUACUACGAGGGUAACGGCAAGUCGGCCAGUGCUUGUGACUUCAGUGGAUUGGCCAAGACUCAGAGCCCGACUACCUCAGCUGGUUGCGAAGCCUUGAUCUCGGCUGCCGGCACCAACGGACAGGGAACUGUCGUCAGCCCGACUGGACAACAGGGCACCGCUGCCGCUAGCAGUUCUUCCAAGGGCGCCGCUGCUGGUACCAUGGGCUCACCCGCUUUCUUCAACUACGGCAGCGCUUUCCUGGUUGCCUACAUCGUCACCGCAUUUGUUUCGGGUGUGGGUAUGUUUGUCCUAUAAGGAAAGGCUACGUUGGUGUGAAGUUUGGCAAAUACGAAAAGGGGUUGGUAAUGAGUUUGCAUGUGGAAUAGAUUUUGCGUUUCUUUUACACACGUGGCAUGGAAUAUGAGGCGAUCAUGGUCUACUUCGAGUCAAGGGAUGGUGUGACCUGUUAAGAUUCUAUUCCUUUUCUUUUCGCGGGCGCGGGACGGAUUUGGAUGCGUUUUCUCUUAGCAUGCGCUAUGUUGCUUUAGGAAAUGGCAUAAUAAUAUUGUGUGUAGUUGAGCCAAUGCAAAACCGUCUAAAAAAUUGCAAAACACUUUUUUUCCCCA